UCCAUGGCUGAGAGAAGACUUCUUCACCAGGAUGACGACAACGGUUCCCUGCUCUCCAAACUUGGGACAGACAGCCCGAAACCCAGGGUGAAGUUUGGAGGCAUGUUCUGUAACAUCGAAGGAGCUUAUGAAAAUAAGACCCUUAAUUUUGAGUCGUACAGCCCCGGGUCUGCCAGAAGAAAUCAUAAGGGAAGAGUCGAUGAUCAGAAAGACAAUUUCAGCGAUACUUCGAGUCUGAGCAACUUCUCCAGCGCGAGUCAAACACAACCCAACCCGUCCAGUGCUUCACCGGGUCAGACCAUCGUAUAUCCAACCGGACACAACCGUGCACAAAACGGGAAACGAGAGGGUGAUAAGCUCAUCAUUAAAGGUGGAAAGAUCGUAAAUGACGACCAGUCGUUUUAUGCUGAUAUUUACAUUGAAGAUGGGAUAAUUAAGCAGAUUGGGGAGAAUCUCAUUGUACCUGAGGGGGUGAAGACUGUGGAUGCAUACGGGCAUAUUGUGAUCCCCGGGGGUAUCGAUGUGAACACCUGUCUGCAGGCUUCUCACCUGGGCAUGAGCCCGGCAGAUGAUUUCUAUCAUGGCACCCGUGCUGCUUUGGCUGGAGGAACCACUAUGAUCAUUGACCAUGUCGUGCCUGAACCGGGAUCUAGUUUAAUGUCGGCGUAUGAUCAGUGGAGGGAUACGGCGGACAAGCGGUCGUGCUGUGACUACUCUCUGCACAUUGAUAUCACACGCUGGCAUGAUGGUCUGUUUGAGGAACUGGAGACUCUGGUCAAAGAUAAAGGCGUAAACUCCUUCCUUAUCUUCAUGGCUUACAAGGACCAAUAUCAGAGCUCUGAUACACAGAUCUAUGAGAUGUUUGGUGCUAUGAGAGAUCUGGGGGCCAUCGCACAAGUUCAUGCUGAAAACGGUGACAUCAUUGAGGAGGAACAGAAGAACGUUUUGGACCUGGGAAUCACUGGACCAGAAGGACAUGUAUUGAGUCAUUCAGAGGAGAUUGAGACUGAAGCUGUGUAUCGAGCUAUCACCAUUGCUAAACAGGCCAACUGUCCGCUUUACAUCACCAAAGUCAUGAGUAAAUCAGCUGCUGAUGUCAUCGCCAAGGCCAGGAAAAAGGGUAUGGUCAUCUAUGGGGAGCCCAUUGCUGCCAGCCUCGGCACAGACGGAUCACACUAUUGGAGUAAAGACUGGGCCAAAGCUGCUGCAUUUGUGAUGUCUCCGCCCCUUAAUCCUGACCCAAGCACUCCAGAUUACCUCAAUUCACUCUUAGCCUGUGGUGAUCUUCAGGUUACCGCCAGCGCCCACUGCACCUUCACUACGGCCCAGAAAGCCGUUGGGAAGGACGAUUUCACCCUUAUCCCAGAGGGAACCAAUGGUAUAGAGGAGCGUAUGAGCAUCAUAUGGGACAAAGCUGUGGCGACGGGUAAAAUGGAUGAGAAUGACUUUGUUGCGGUAACCAGCACGAACGCUGCAAAAAUCUUCAACGUGUAUCCUCGCAAGGGCCGAAUCGCUGUUGGGUCCGAUGCCGACCUUGUUAUCUGGAACACCAAGGAGACUAAACUAAUCUCUGCCAAAUCUCAUAAUCUGACAGUGGAAGUGAAUAUCUUUGAGGGAAUGGAGUGCCGUGGCUUCCCUGUCGUGGUCAUCAGUCAAGGCAGGAUUGUUUUAGAAGAUGAAAAACUAAAUGUGAUUGAGGGUUCAGGGCGCUUCAUCCCCAGAAAAGCUUUUCCAGACUACGUCUUCAAGAGAAUCAAAGCCCGAGGCAGGAUGGCGGAUGCUCGUGGCGUUCCCAGAGGAAAUUAUGAUGGCCCGGUCCAUGAUGUCAUCAGUAUGAGCAAAUCUGUAUUGUCCACGCCGACCACUAGGGGUCCCAUGUGUCCAGGAAAGACUCCACUUGGACCCGGCAGAAACUUGCACCAGUCUGGAUUCACCUUAUCUGGCACUCAGUCAGACGAUCACAUUCCCAGGCGUACGGCACAGAGGAUCGUAGCUCCCCCUGGAGGCCGAUCAAAUAUCACAUCCCUCUCCUGAGUCGCAUUUGCGCCAAGCAGAAGUUCAGAUUCCCCGCCUUCCGAUUUUAUAUCACCUGUAUCAUGCAAAUAUUUAUCUCAAUAAGUUCAUACACUCAUCAUGACCUCUGGCUAUGCAGCAAUUAUAGCUUUCCAUGAAAUCAUAAUCUCUGUGUAAUGAAUCUGCCUCUGUUAUCUGAUCAGACUCACUCAUAAUGUAGCAUGCAUGCUCCUUUGAUCAGAUUCACUCAGACUUCUCUCUGCUUUAGCGUAGCAUCGAUGGCGUAAAGACGGUUAGUGACUGUUAGUGUUUGUGAACUGAAUGCAUCUCAUGCACUACCUUUGAACCCGUGUUUUCAUCUUCCAGUAGCAUCAGAAUAAACGUUUAGGUGAAAGGAUUCAUUUCUGUGCCACUAACAGCACCUGCACUUUUAUUGGACAGGAUAGAAUAACGUUGACCACUAUGGCGCGCUGCAAUACGUCAAAUAGUCGGCCAUAUUGGGAAGGGCAAACUCCCCUAUAAACACAUACUGUAUUGAAAGGGGAGCUGCAGUUUAUCUGGAUAAAUGACACAAUAACAUUUACAUUUCUUAACCGAUGUCUGUGGAUUAUGGUUGAAAGCAGACGACUCCAGGACGGAACUCUGGAACUGCUGACUUUGGCACAGAUUCGUUGCAGAUACGGCUCAGAGUCAUCUGGUGUAGUUGGUGAAAUACUGUCAAAAAAUUGUCAAAACUCAUGCAUGUCAAGCUUUGAAACAGGUUAUUGUGCUACCCAGAAAAAUGCAGAUCUCCAUUUGCUCUCCGAAAUAUAACAUAAAGGCUCAACCUAUAUACUUGUGCUGUCUCCAGUGGUGCAGAAAUGACACGCGUCACUUAUAAGGAUCUGUGUGAUCUGUCAAUGUGCUUUAAAGGAAAAUCAAGAACUACCUAACGAUGGUCCUCGUCCUAGGGUAUUAAAAAGAAACCGUUAUUGAUAGCUCUGUCUAGGUAUCUCUACAAAUAGAUCAAAAACUGUAUUGUAGAUGAACGCUUAUAACAGCAUUUAUGAUUUUGCUCAUUGUGCUAAUAAUCAUCAUCACACAGUUAUAGCAAUCAGCAAUGCAUUUGAUGAUUUUUAUAUGUUUCUAAUAAAAACAUUUGGUGCUCUCGAUCUGUACACAUGCCAGUGUAUUACUGUGCAGACUUCAAUUUUUGAAACCAGGCAAAACUUUUUCAUUUUUUUAGGUGUUUAUAUUUCUGUAAUGCAUUUCAUUACAGAUAGCCUUUUUGUAGUCUUAACCAGUGUUUGCUGGAAUCCUACAUGUUAUAUGUAAUUUUCGUGAGAUAUGUCAAGGCCUGUUGAAGAAAGUCAACUAAAGCAAACUCGAUCUGUGGAUUGUCUUUUGUACCUACUUGUGUUCAUUUUAUGUAAAUAUCAACUUUUCUUUUUUGUGCACGAUUUGCAUGUCCUCAAUAAAAAUAUAACUAGUUAAAAGA